UGCUCUGAAAUCCCCGGCAGCUACUAAAGCGGAGCGAGUCGUCGGAGCUCCUUGCAGUUUGCGAACAUAAGAACUGAACUGCCGGAGCAUGUUCAGUUUCCUGUCAUGUUCUUGUGAAAGCAGCUGGCUGGUUUCUCUUGGAUCCUUCUUGUAAGCAGAGGCCCUCCAAGAAGAGAAUCAACAUUGCUGGCUGCUCCCAUUCACUGCAGUGAGAAGAAUGGGCUCCGUUUCAGAGAUACUCACAGCAGUCCCCCUUCACCAGAGGCCUGAUCUUCUGGAACCCUGUGCUGACCUCAUCAAUGAAGAGUGGAAAAGGAGUAGGACUUCUCGCAUCCACUCCCUGCAGAAGUCAACCGAGAACUUUCCAAUGUGCCUGGUGCUGAUUAGAAUUCCAAGGGCAGCAGAGGAAGCUACUGAACGGAAACUGACCCAGAGCCAGUGCCAACUCCUAGGGCACGCCAGGCUUUCCCGUGUGGUUGGCCAGCCUAAAAGCUUAUUUGUGGAGACGGUUGUGGUCUCCAAAGCCAUUCGUGGAAGAGGUUAUGGCCGGAAACUGAUGGAAGCUGUUGAGCAUUAUGCCAAGUCCCGUGGCUACAAUCGUCUGCACCUCACCACCCAUGACAAGCAGCAUUUCUAUGCCCACCUAGGUUAUAUAUUAUCUCAGCCUGUUCAGAGUGUAGGAUUCAUGAGUUCUCUCAUACCUAUGGAGUUCUUAGAGAUGAUCUCUCCCUCUCAGCAUGGCAAGGAACUCCCUACAGGAUCCAGGAAAAACAAUCCAGGUGCAUCCUACGGCAGCAAAGCUAGAGCAAAUCUCCCUUCAUUACCUCCUUCUGCCCCCCCUUCCUCUUCUUCCUCUUUAUGCUCAGUAGCUCCAUCACCCCCUCUACUGCAUCCUGCUUGCUCUCUCAACUCAGGAGCUGUUACCAUUUCACCCCCUCCCCAGCUCUCAGCUUCUUCCCACACUUCCUGUUUUCAGCCUGUUCAUGCUACAGUUCAGCCAUCUCAGUCACCCUCUGUGCCUCUCUCUGCCAAUUCCUUUAGUGCCACAAAUAUACCACCACCCCCUGCUCCUCCUCCUCCUCCUCCUGCUGUGCCUCCACUAGUGGCCCAUUUGCCAGGCUUGCCAAGUUCCUGUAAAACUGCUGCCUCCUGCCCACCAGAAGACAAAAGCCAGGGCCACAUGUUUCUAGAAACACCAUAUCACGACCUCAAAGGGCAGCCCAUAUUCUGGAUGGAGAAAGACAUUUAACCUUUGCAUUGUGCACCAGUGUGAUGAAGAUGAAGGAUAAUUGGUGAAGGGGAGACGUUUUGAAAGAAAGCCUAGUUUGGAUCUUGGAUCUUAUGGAAUCAGAUGAGUGAGAGCCAUUUCUGAACUAGUUUGCCAACAGAUUUGAUUUCUUUAUCAGAAUCCAUUUCAGAGAAGAGCCGAAAGUGAAGCCACGUGAGGGGAAAAAAUGUCAAGAUAAGACAGAUCCAUAUAGCUGGAACACAUUUGGAAGCUCAUCACCUAUUAGUUUUCAUUGUACCCCAGUAGUUGUUGCCCUAGCCAAAAAGAUGAAUUGUGCUGAGUUGUCUGCAAAUUGCUUUGCCUGUGCUUGAUUUCCUUUUUACCAAUAAAGCACCUCUUGGUCUCAG